AUGCACGCGUUCACAACAACACCAACAAAGCUGCUAUCAGCUUCAACUAAGUCCAUACUAUUCUCGUACGACCACAACUACGUGGUAUACAAGAGAGCAGAGUCGUCACUGCCAACAGUAGAAGGCUCUACUUCUUCUACUACAAAGGCAGAUGGAUGUCUUGUGUGUGCAACUACAGAGCCACUGUGUCCAAGUUGUCCCAAUGGUCAAGAAUGUCGACUUAGAGCUCCUUCUUGUAACCAAUGUGUGGAAGCUUAUUGUGCUCCGUUGAGAUCUGAUAAUUCCGGUUCCACUCCAGUAGGUGCUAUUGUUGGAGGUGUGGUUGGUGGUGUGGCGUUCUUAGUGUUUUUAGCUGGUUUAUGGUACUUUUUUGUGUUUCGAAAACGAAAUGACUACUACGAUGAAAAAGAAGGCAUAUAUAUGGGUGGAUCGGAUUCCGUACGAGCAAGUGGUAUAGAACUUGGAGGGAUGGCUAAUGAUGGUACCGGAUCACUACAUGAAAAUUCUUAUGAAGCAGGGCUUAAUGACCCCAACGGUGGUGGUGGUGGAGGCCAUAACACCGAUCAAGGUAUGAAUAAUCUCAACAAUACAGCCAAUGCGACUCUUACUAGUCAAGGUGCAGCCCAAUUAGCCGGUCUCAUGGCUGCAUCUGGUAUUUCAGGAAGUGGUGGGGGUGUCGGAGGUACUUUGAAUAGUAUGAGACCUCCGUCUGCUCCAGUUCAGCGAAAUAAAAGACUUUCAUCUUAUGAAUCUUUUACCAAACCGACAAUUCGAGCAGCACUUUUAACAAAGAAGAAGGCCGCCGCUGGCGGUGGUAAUAAUGUGACCGGAGCCGGAGGAGGAAUUUCGAAUAGUAAUAGUAUGAAUUCAAGAUUUAAUGAUUCUGGAUCGGGACUCAUAUAUGGUCUUGCCCAACAAAACUAUUUGGAAUCAUCCAAUCGAAAUUCAGUUGCGACAUCGAUUUCAACUACCAAUGCUUCGAAUAUCCUACCUAUCGCAUAUAUUCCAGGUGUUACAGUUCGGCCUACAAAGAAUAAUACUCGAUCAAUUCAUAUUGAUCUGGAGUCAUUGUUUUCAGAUUUAGUUACCAUUGAAAAUGCUUCUAUCAUUGGUGCUGAAUCCACAAACAGUAAGAAUAAUUCACAAAGUAAUGCUACUAUGACUGCCAUCAAAGCUCAACCACGGUUAGUUAAUGUUGAAAAGAUUGACGAAGAAGAUGAGAGUAGUGAGGAGGAUGGAGGGAUACAACAAUUGGAUGAUGUUGAUAGUGCAUUAGUAGGAUCAAGUAUUGAUCAAGGCAGCAGUCGUAACCCUGGACUGAUUCAUAUUGCUACCAAGACUCAGGUUACUCAAGUUACGCGUGCGCGUGAAUUGGGCCACUCACACGAAUUUGGCAGUGAUGACGAAGAUGGCGACGAUGAACUGUCAGAUGAAGAUUCGGACAUAGGGGAAAUCACCAGAGCUACCAGUUUGCGUCGACCUCGAGUCCAAGGUAUACCAAUUGGAGUUGGAGUUGGAUUUGACAAGCCGCCUAUUCGGCCAGUUGAUAGAGCUAGUAUGAGAAGCGAUGAUGGUUCAUUUGUACUUGAUGUGGAGAUAGACAAUGAUGAUCGGAGCCCAGGAACAGGAACAAUAGGGGUUUCCAGGUCCACAAGAACAACCACGGGAGCCGAAGGAUCCAGUGUUCACAGUGGAGAACGUUCGCCAUUUGAUGAUCCUUAG